AUGAACACGCACGCCAACGAUCUCGAGCGGGAGCCUUCCCUGCAAGAACUUGAGCCUUCACCCAUCGAAGAAGAGUUCCCCUCAGACUCGUACUUUCCCUCGUCCUCGGACAAGACGCCCUUCGAUGAUGAGACAAUCAAGCCAGUCCAACGGACCUCUACCUUAGGCCUGGAUGCACACUCGCCUGUCUGGUAUCUCACACGUAUCCACAAAUACUCGAGUUACGCCUUUUCUGUCUUCACUGCUUUCCAUGUCGCAAACACGGCUCUCAUCCCGCUUGCCACGCGCUCUGUCGCCAAUUCGGAACGCUAUCUCCUGCUUACUCGCCCUUACUAUCAAUCGCCUAUCGCCGAACCUUUUGUCGUUACUUUGCCCUUGAUUGCCCACAUUGGCAGUGGUGUUGCUCUGCGCUUGUACCGUCGCAAGCAAAACCUCAAGAGAUAUGGCGCAGAGAACAGGUCAGACAGACGCAUGGUUGCAUGGCCAAAGUUGUCUGGAACAAGUGCGCUAGGAUACGCAUUGGUACCACUGGUCUUCGGGCAUGCCUUCGUCAACAGAAUCAUCCCGCUGUGGUACGAGGGCGGUUCUAGCAGCAUCAACCUGGGUUAUGUCUCGCAUGGCUUCGCCAAACAUCCCGCCGUAUCUUUCGUUGGCUUUGGCGCUCUUAUCACUGUUGGAGUAUGGCACUCUGUCUGGGGCUGGGCUAAAUGGCUCAACUUCACCCCAUCGCAAGUCACACAGAGUGGACCAGAAGGACAGCUCUACAGGAAGAGAAGGUGGUAUGUGAUCAACGCAGUCAGUGCUGUCGUUAGUGCACUCUGGCUAGCUGGCGGUAUGGGCAUUGUUGGCCGUGGCGGUGCAGUCGGAGGAUGGGUUGGCCGCGAGUACGACGAGCUGUACAGCCAUAUCCCUCUGAUUGGCAACUAUAUGGCUUCUUCCUAG